AUGGUGUUCGAUUCCGAGAAACAAUCAAAGGAUCUCGACAAGUCCACGUUUGACAUUGUCAGAUUGGGCGAGUUCCGCACCUAUCGGUGUGGAGCGCUCAUUUCAUAUCUUGGUGUGUGGUUCUUGAUUCUUUUGAAGGUGGCCAUCUUGGCCUCUGAUACCUAUACGUGUAUCAAUAUUUUGGUAUACAAGCGAUGGAGUACUGAGGACUACCAAGUCUACGAGUUCAAAGUGGCCAAGUGGAUUUUCACUGGAUGCAUAAGUUUCAGAUUCGCUUUGCUCUUAUGGCAAUUGUCGUGGGCCAUCUACGUCUACAGAAGAAGAAAUAUUGCCUUAGCAUAUUUGAACUUCUACGCCCGUUUGAUGUACGGGGUCCGUUAUAGAUACCAAUGUGUCUUCCACGAGAUUGAGAGUGGGAAAGACAACUUACCAUGGGCAUCGUUUUUCGUUUACGACCAACUUGACGAUGCUUUGGAGGUUCUUGUGGCUGAUACUCCACGUACGGUUAUCAAUGUGAUGACAUUGAAGAACUAUGCUGUGGGAAAUAGCAAUAGUAACAUCCUUGAGAACAUCAGAGACAUCGCCGUCAACAACAUGAAGCUUGCCAUCAUUUUAAGUAUUAUGCUCUGCUCGGUUGUUAUCUCCUUGUUCUUCUUUUUCAAGUUCUGUUUUGCUAUGCUAUGCUAUAUCCCUGUCAAGGUCAGUACAUCAAAGAAGGGCUUCAAGUCGAUCAAGGCUUUCUGCUAUUUCCACGUUAACGAAAGAGUUCGUGCACUUGUCAGUCGUCACCACAAGUCCAAGGCACAACUUCUCCUGGACGGUAUCUUGGAUAUACAGGAGAUCAACGCCAACCCCUUAUUGCACUCAAGCUCUGAUCUCGACUUGCCAGGAAGAGGAGGUGAUUUCACUCAUCCUGCCUUCAUGAGGUUGUCGUCGUUCGAUAGGGCUGCUGCCAAUCAUGCAAAUGCUGAUGACGAUGCCGACUAUUCACGUCCUCCAAGAGCGCAUACGGCAAGCAGCUUAAGGAAUCACUCAUUUGGUUCUGAAUCAACCAGACUUCCAUUUGGUGAGCCUUCAAAAAUCACGAGAAAAACUACCUCUGAUACCUUGAUGACCGAACUGACAUUCAAUACAUUUUCCGACGCCAGAGGGUUCAAUGCUAGUGGAGACUUGAGCUAUCAAGGCUAUUCUCCUUCCGAGAGACCCAACCCAUUGGAGCUGAGUCUGCUCUUUAAUUCAAAAUCGAAUUCGUAUUCGAACAGGAAGAAGCCUGAACCUUUAUUGGAGGAGACUGACUCUUUGCACAGUCACGACGGCAUGCUUGAUGAAAAGCAGCAAGUGGCGGUAUCAACUUCUAGUGUAGCACAGGAAGAACUUGAAAUAAUGGAUGGGCAGGAUUAUUUUCAACCUCCACCUGAGAGUCCAUUAUUGGGAGACGACAGAUCGGAUAGUCCGUUCAGUGACCACUCUGCUGCUCCAUAUCCAGUUAGGGGAGUAUCUAAAUACUUCGACCGCAGAGAAGAUUAA